UGAUCAUCUUCUUGUGCAUUCAGUUUGCUUUCUCGUGCCUGUUUUUGCCUGUUGCAGAGUUACAGUUCUUCGUCUCUCGUUGAGCAGAAGACCAUCUCUUUUAUACACUCUCGUUAACUACUCACGCAUAUCAAUUUAAUCACGCUUCUGCUCUAGCGAAAAUGCGUUUCUUCACGGCUGCUGCUGCUUUCCUCUCUGUCUCUGCCGGCCUCGUUGCUGCGCAGGACACCACUACUGCCGCUGCAGCUCAGUCAACUUCGAGCUCUUCGUCGUACCAGUGUGACGCUCAGAACAUCGUGGACGCUUGUCUCAAGUCUACUACGCCGCAGCUGAAGGCCUGCGAGUCCACGGACUGGCAAUGUCUGUGUGAUCAGAGCACCAACGUCUUGACCUGCUACAACAACUGCCCUGGUGACCCAGACCAGUUCGGUGCUCAGCAGACCAAGGAGUCGUACUGUAACGCCGCCAAGGCGUACGGCACCAGCAGCAGUACCAGCGCCAGCAAGACUCCUGGCGCAUCUGCCACACAUGCUUCAUCGACUGGUGCCACUGUUGCUCAGGUGACCAGCAGCGUUGACGGUUCCAACGCAGAGGCUACCGGCACCUCGACUAGCACCGGCUCUUUCUCUUCCUCUACCUCUGAGUCUUCCAAGAACGCCGCUUCCGGACUGACAGUUGAGGCUGGCAGCCUGGCUGCUGCUGUGCUUAUUGGCCUUGGCGCUAUGCUGUAAGAAGCAUAGAUACCAGCGUCAACUGGGAGGGGGCUUGAGCAGUAAUUAGCUUUUUCUUUCGGGAUCAGAAAUAUGGCACGAAAACAAUAAGUUGUCCCUGUGACCAUGUAAUGUGAUUUUACACUGGUCCAGGACAUGGUUAUGACAAUAUUUACUUCACUCGCAUAAUGUGUACUCAAUAUACAAGAUACUAUAUAUGAUAAUUGGAUUUUCACUUCAUUGACGGUGUUCUGUUCAACUAUGGUAGUACUGCAGUUUUCUCCUUCAAAUCCGCCAGAC